CGGGGACAGUCUGGCACACUCAGUCUGAGUCAUUCCGAGGAUACUAACGUGAAAAAGGCUUUGACGUGACUUUAUUGAAACAGCUGGUGACAAAUACGCAGUGUUUUAUUCAUAUUUAAAUCAAAUUUUCGUUUUAUAGAUGUACGAUCUUCUUGCGACGCUUACUUUUAUUUAUUUUAAAAUAAAUCAUCAGAUUUCAUCGGGCUGAGUUUCAACGUAUACCUCUGCGUAAUGUCGAUCAAAAGAAAACGAUGUCGUGCUCAAUGACCAUUACUAGGACGACCGUCGCGACCUCCGGCACGUCUGUUUACGUGAACACGGGCUACCUUCAGACGCUGCCAGGAUUACUCAAAUUAGCGCAAUUCCUCCUUGGGAUAGCAUGCGUGGCUCUGGUUGCCUACUACAUGGAUCACGGAUACUCAACGCAAUCAUACAAACCUGAGUUAUUCUUCUUGUUGAUAUCGGUCACAUUCCUUAUAGGAACAUUCUGUUUGUUGUUGUCGUGCUUAAUAUCCUUGGCCACCGCAACCGUUAUCUCUAAAACCAUUUAUGAAGUUAUUUAUCAUGGAAUCGCAUUUAUUCUGUAUUUGUGUGCUGGACUUACUUUGCUAAUAGAAGUUAAUCACCAAACCAGAUAUAGAAGAGAUUUUGAACCGUUUUUGGCAGCUUCGAUAAUGGGUCUGGUGAUGGCUGGAUUGUAUCUUUUGAGCACCUUUUUGGCAAACCGCAGAUACCGUGGAAUAUAAGCAAGAAAACUAUCAAUUUUAAUAUGAGCUUUGUCUUCGAAUUAAGUUAUCGUAGUAGCAUUCUCAGUUGCCAUAUUACUUUAAGUUACAGAUGGAAAGCGGUUAAGUUAUUUAUCGUUCGAUUUGAAAAAACUUAAUUUCAUUGUAGCGAUCCAAGUGGACUAGCGUCUCUUUAUCGCGUACAUGGAGUGGCCACAGAAUUUUCUCUAUAAGGAGUGCUGACAAAUAUAUAAUGUCCCGUUAUCUCUGGAGGACGAAGUUGCUCAUAUCACUUUUUAUCACGUAUGCUCAUAAAAAGCGAAGAUGAAAAAUAUUUUUUUCGACAGUUGUGAUUCAACAGUUUCCGGUUUAUUUAUCGUUGUGUUUUUAAUUUAUGACUAAGCAGACACUAUUUUACGUGAUAUAUUGAGCAAUGCAAGUAUUGUUUCUAUCCAUCCAUCCAGCUCGUUUCUAUUCUAUCUCGUCAUGAGCCCUUCUAAUAACUGUAACUACCUUAUCAUAUGGUAUUCCAUAUAGAAUUUAAAUCGUAAUAUGUUCACCUAAUGUCCUCACCUUAGGCGAACCAUGCCGGCUAUCUUCAUUUUACAUUAGUUUUCACAAAUGGACUAUAGCACU